UUGGCUUUUUUUAGUUGAUGUUUGGUCAUUCAUUCAUGAUAUGGCUCAAGUUAAAGAAUUUCAUAAAUUGUUAUGAAAGAAUUUACAUAUGGACAUAAUAUUGUUAGAUUUCAUAUAUAAGUGAUUUUGUGCAUCUAUAGUGUUCAUUAAAAAUAUUGCAUUUAUGACUGAAUAUAGUUGAAACUGUUUUUGAGGUAUUGACUGCAUAACUUGUUCCAAAACAUUUUUAUCAUUUGACGUGUUUCUUUAUUUAUAUAAUUCUAGAUUGACGUGUGAGUUACAGUGGUGUAAUGAUUGUUAGAAGCAGACUUAUUUAAAUACUUUGUAAAAUCUGUGGUGCAUCAGAGACUUGAAACUAGUGACAACAUGAAUGUUAUGUUGAGGAUGUUCAGGACGAAUCGUGUGUAUUUUCUGAUAGUGCUGUCGCAGUUGCGGUGCAGUACUUGAAUAAGGGUUGAGAUAGCUUAAGGACUUGCGAGGGAUAUGAUGGAGCAGAGGUGAAUAGUGAGCAGGCACCGUGGAGCACCUGGUCGGAGGCGGCGGGGCGGGCGGCCUGCUGCCCGGCGCCGCGCCCGCGCAGCACCCGCCCAACAUGCUGCAGCCCAUGGAGGAAAUGAUCUUGCCACCAAAACGACAAGCUGUUGUUGAUCGCCUCAGACGAAGGAUAGAAACGUACCGGCGACGCCAGUCGGAGUGUGUGCCGCGGUUUGACCAAUCGUUCACUGGCGCAUGUGAGCAGCAAAAUUUGGAGACUACCGCCCUCCAGAAGCGUUUCCUCGAAGGGAAGGCCAAACGACAGGCAAAGAAGAGCGAUCGCAAGCCAGACUUGCCAGCCAUUAGCGGCAACCUGCACAGCAGUGUCGUCCAUGUGCAACAAAAAUUUGGAUGCGGUGACUAUGAACCUCCAGCAAAAAUCCAAUGUGGUGGAGGAGGAGGCGGGGGCGGUGUUGGGGGCGAAGCUCUCACCAAGUUCUCUGUGGAAAUCGUCCAACAGUUGGAGUUCACAACAUCAGCAGCGGAUUCGCAACCUCAGCAAAUUUCUACUAACGUUACGGUGAAGGCACUCGCAAAUGCCGUAAAGACAUCUAGUUCACCCCCCUUACCACAAGCACCGCCGCGGGUGCCUACUCCGCUUGAUUGCGAGCGUGAAUGCAAAGCGGAGUGCAAAUCUGAAGUGGCUGAUGACGAUUUCGUCGGAUUGGAUGAGUGUGCUGCGGCCCUUGAACGUGACGCGGCUUCAGCUUUCCCCGGGUUAGCCGAUCUGAUCGGCGAGGAAGAUGGAGACGAUACGUUCGAAGAUCUUAUCACGGAAAUAUCGGAAUAUCCAGAAUUUAUGAAGGACUUUGAUAUUGACGGAGGUAAACUGAAUGGCGGUGGAAUGGGGUUGCUGGAGCCGCCGGAGGGUGAGCCAGCUCCCCGGCCGUACGGUGGCGGUGAGAUGUCGCCGGCGGCGCAGACCCUGAAGCACAUGGCUGAGCAGCACCAGCAAGCGGCGGGCGGGGACUGGGCGCGCUACCGUGGCUACGGCGGGUACCGGCCGCGGCCUGCGCCUCCGCCCAUGGAGCAUCUGCACAUGUCGCAGCAACAGCAGCUACAUUUGACCCAGCCGCACCACAAUCUGCAGGUUUCAGCAGCGCAGCACAUGCAAGUGAGCGGCGGCGGCGGCGGAGGGCAUGUGUCCGUGGCAGCUCAGCAAGGCAUGUACGCCAGCUUCCACAACCAAGGCACGCCGUCACCGCAACACCAUCAAGGUAGCGGAUGUGACACGUACUCAGUAUCCCAGUCGCAGAGCAUCAACUUCUCGCAGGCGAUGCGCGCGCGGCCGCAGGGCGCUCCGCAGCAGCAGCAGUCGCAACAAGGUGGCCCGCCACUUGGCGUGGCAGCAGCGGGCAUAUCGCGCGAGCAGCAAGCGAAGAUGCUGCAACAACAACAGCAGCAGAUGCUCCGCGCUCAGCAGCAGCAGAUGCGUCCGCCGCCGCCGGAGUACAAGGCGCGGUUCGUGGGGCCGGCGGGCGGCGGCGUGCGGCGGCCGCCCGCGCCGCGCGCCUUCCACCACGCGCGCCCCUACGCGCCCGACUGGCGACACGUGCUCAUGCAGCAGCAGGCCUCCAGGCAACAGUUCCCGCAUCACCAUCAAGGCUUCAGUAUGGGUACAAUGGGCGGCAUGACGCAGCAACAGCAGCAACAAAUGCAGCUACAACAGGCGCGGUUGCAACAGCAACAGCUCUUGCAACACCAACAACAACAACGGGCCUCCAAUCAGCAACAGUCGCCCAUGUCUCAUCUUAUUAUGCAACAAAACCAGAUGAUGAGUGUGCAAGGACAGAUGCCAAAUAUUCACAUGAGCCAGUCACAGAGCAUGUCGAUGCAACAAGGCGGCAUGGGCAUGGGCCACCAGGGCAGUCCCAUGCAGAACGGGCCCAUGCAGGGACAGGGACCCAUGCAUCCGCAGAGCAACAUGCAACAGAACUCCAUGAUGUCGCAGAACGGGCCCAUGCAAAGCCAGAACGGAAACGUCUCGCAGCAUUCGUUCCCGUCGCUCCACAACACGUCUUCCUUCACAGGACAAACCACAGACUUCAACCUUGACUUCCUCGACAACAUGCCUUCCACGGACGCCAGCAAUCUCACCGCGCAGGAGCUGCUCAACUCCUUAGACAACUCCUUUUUGAAUGACAUCCUUUAAAUUAUUACACAGCUAUAUGUGUGCGUUUUAGAGUAAUAUAAUUACUAAUUGACCCAGUUUAAAGUCAAUUAGACUUUAUCAUAUUCGGGUUUUGUCUACAUAAUGUGUUUAUUAUACCUUCUAAAAAUACAAAUGUACGACCAAUAUGGAACAAAUGAUGACCAAAGUUAUUACACAGGAAUUUAAGGCCCGAGUGGAGUUUGGCCAGUAGAACCUACUUAUACUGUAAGUGACCGACAGUAAGCCACUUUACAUUUUGGACCACAUUGUUUUUGUAGACUAUUUAUUAUGAAAAAUAUCAAUUUCGUAGUGUUAAUAGUUUUUACUAUUGUUAAUAAUUCCUUUGUAAAUAUUUUAAUUUUUAAAUGUUUGUAAUAAGUAUAAGCUAAAUAUACUACCAAUAGUCUCAGAGUAUCCACGAAACUGACAUUCUAUUCUUCUUAUGAUAAUUAUUAUUUAGCUGCAGAGUAGGCUAAUGUAUAUUUAUUGCAGAUUUUAUAGUAGUUUAUAAGGUGAACAGCACAAAAGACAAUAUUUUAUUUACGUUAAUGAAUUUAUUUAUGAAAAAUCAAAUGAUACAAAUGGGGCAAUAGAUACCGACUAUUAUUUUAAAAUAUAGGUUUUAAUAUAAGUCGAGGUGAUUGGCUGGUAAUCGAGACGGUAGCUAACGCGACCUUCAGUGAAAACGUAAGCUAGAGGAUCACUGGUCGCUUAGGAAACAACUUAUUGCUUUAAUUAUUAUGGCAAGAUUGCGAUAGACAGCAAACAUCCGACAUCCGCCUGAAUACAACGUUGCUAUUGCAUGUUGCCUGAUGCCAAAAACGUGGCUAAUCACCUCGGUUCUCGUAUUACGCAACUAAGUUUAAGUUACAUUGUCGUCUGCUAAAACUUGGCCAAUGUGCGGCUUUACUUAUUUUACUACAGAAUGGCCCAGCCACUGACAUCCUUUCUACAUUCGAAUUGAUAUGUAGUUAUUCCACAACACAUUCUGUUGGUUUGUCAGACUCGGGGACAACCCGUUUCAUUAAAAUAGUGCAAAAUGUAAAUUUUUAUGAACUAAGAAUAUAAUAAGAUCAUUCCUGUACCUAAGAUGAUUGUAGAUUAUACUGUGAUGUCGGUCUCAAUGGUCAAUAGAGUUAUAAAUAGUAUCAAUUAUUAUACAUAGAUUAUUGUUAUUGUUAAGGAUCUCAUGGUAUCAUUUUAGUUUGGGGGUUUGAGAGAUUCUGGAAUUAAUAGAUUGUUGGUUUCAUUAUGAUUUACUUUUUCAACGAAUGUGUAGCAUGUUCUUGAUAAGUGCAUUUUCUUUUUAUUAUUUUAUAUGUAUUUGAGAAUGCAUAUUCACCCAUUUCGUUAUUUUAUAGUAGUGUAAAUACAAAACCGUUGUUAAACAACUUAGGAAUUUUUGAUCAAUAUAUACCAGAGAUGGGUAUGAAAUUAAAUAUAAAUCAUUAUCCAAAAUCGAAUCAAACCGAAUGAAGGUUUAGCUCUCUGAUAUAGUUUACAGCUAUAAAACCAACUAUUGUGAAUGAUAGCAACAUUCCAGAGCCAUUGUUAAUAAUGUUUUAACUUUAGGACCAAUUUUUGAACGUUCUUUUGAAAAUAAUAUUGCAUAUUGAGUGAA